GUUAGUGUGACGAGCCAAGCCGUUCGGAACCAAUGCAGUGUCGAGCGCGCCAGACGGUUCGCCUCAGUCCGACGCGCACGCUUCGCCGGCCGGCCAUUCUUACCAAAUAACGAACAAAAAUCCGUGUCUAUUUAACUCUUACUACUUCAAAAACUCGCCUCUUUACUACCGUGUACAAAACUAGUGUAAUCCCAAGUGCCUUCGUGAUUGUUUAAGGUUAUAAAACUACACAUACCGACGAGGUGUUCCGUGAAUUGGGUCAUGGUGUACAAUUUAUACGAUUCCGUAUAAUCAUCUAGCAGUUUGAAAGAUUGCAAUAAUGGAGGAGGUCAAAAAGGAGAUCAAUUUGGACUCGAUCCUCGAGAGCUUGGGUCCUUACGGCAGAUAUAACCUCUUGAACUUCGUGUUACUGCUGUUUCCUAUUCUGCUGAGCAGCUUCUUUGAAUGUGGCUUCAUUUUUGAAGCCCAGGAGUUGGCUUAUAGAUGUGAAGUCGAUGGCUGUGAGCUUCGCUUCAACGAUACCUCCUGGAUCGAUUACGCAAUACCAACUGACCAUGUACGGAAUAAACCCGAGUCUUGCAGGAUGUACAUACCACUGAACUCCUCGGAAUUCCAGUGCAUGCCACACAACUUCGAUCUGAACAGGACUAUGGAAUGUGACAGAUAUGUCUAUGAGGAUGAACAUUCGCUUGUUAAAGAGUUUAACCUUGGCUGUCAGGAAUGGAAGAGGGCUUUGGUUGGGACCAUCCACAACUGUGGAAUGUUCGUCGCCAUGUUGUUCACUGGCGCCAUUUCUGACAGGUUCGGAAGGAAAAUGGCGGUUGGUUUCGCGGCAUCUACCAGCUUUAUAUUUGGUUUCUCAAGAGCAUUUGCGCCAAACUAUUUGGUUUAUGUUGCGUUGCAUUUCUUGGAGGCAGCGUUUGGUGGUGGAUUGUAUCCAUCAGCUUAUGUGUUUAUUAUCGAGCUGGUUGGCCUCAAGCAGCGAGUCAUAGUAUCCGCCAUGUGCAACAUGACCUUUGUCAUAGGCGUCGUACUCAUCGCCUUGCUAGCCUGGGUCAUUGACAGCUGGCGUACCUACAUCCUCAUCUUAUACUGCCCAGCUUUAAUCGUCGUCAUCUACAUCUGGUUCAUGAAUGAAAGCGGCCGUUGGCUCCUCAGCAAAGGCAAAAGAGACAAAGCCGUCUCCGUCCUCAAAAAGGCUGCUAAAAUCAACAAUUUGGAUCCUAGAAAGCUCGAGCUGGACUCUUUAGGGGAUCCUUUAUUGAAAGUUGAGAGUCAAACGACGGAUAAGAAGUCACAGUUAUCUAAAGCGAUUCGUUCAAGUAUAAUAUGGAAGAGGUUGAUGAUAUGCUCGUUUUUGUGGAUGACCUGUUCACUGGUGUACUAUGGGUUGUCGAUAAACUCCGUGUCUUUGAGCAGUAACCGUUACGUGAGCUUCAUGCUGGUGACGCUGGUGGAAAUCCCGGCGUAUAUCGUGGUUGUGAUAGUUUUGGACAAGUAUGGAAGGAAACAGACGCUGGUCGCCACUUAUCUCACUUGUUCGCUUAUGAGUCUACUGUUUGCAUUCUUGCCAAGAAAUGACUACUGGUCCAUCCCCCUCUACCUGGUCGGCAAAUGGAGCGUGACCCUGGCCUACAGCUCAGUGUACAUCUACGUGUCUGAGGUGUUCCCCACGAACAUGAGACAGACUCUCAUCAGUAUGUGCUCCAUGGCUGGCAGGAUUGGCUCUCUUAUUGCGCCUAUGACGCCUCUACUGUCUUUAUACCACAAGUCGAUGCCAACAGUAAUCUUUGCGGCGAUGUGCUUAAUAUCCAGUACUCUCGUGCUGAUGCUGCCAGAAACCAGGAACAUGAGGUUACCAGACACCAUCGAGGAGGCAGAAGCCCUCUCCAGAAAGCGAACCAAGAAUUGAGGCUGUUAACUAAAUUUAAACGUUAAGUAGGUGUAUUUUAAGUCGAAAUUCGUAAAGACAUCACCCGGGACCUUUAGACCUUUUAAUUAGGAUUGGAUGCAGCUAUCGAAUUGAUUUUGAACAAACUUGUGAACUGGUUUGUGAUUUUUUUUAAAUGUUGUGUUAUUUGAUGGUGUGUUCUUAAUUUGCCUAUAUCUAUAAUCACUCCUGGCUUCAAAGUUUUUUUCUUUAAUUUUCAAUAUCAUUUUUUUUUUUA